AGAUCAUUUGUUAUCAAUAUUGAAUGACCGAAUCCUGGAGUUAUAUUAUUCAAUUACGCAAGUUGGCAAAUAAAGUCAAAAAGGAAAUUGUUGGAUAACACAAAAAUAAUUGUUGGGGUAAAGUUAACAAAAAGAAGCAGGAACUAUUUAUAUGUAAGCUCCCCUUAUUGUGAAAUCAUCAACGAACUUGUUGCUUGAGGAUUAUUAAUCCCCUUAUAUGUGACGAAAUCGAUAAGAACGCAUAAAGAACAACAUAUAUUUGACGAUGAGUGAAAAUAAUGAUUCGACAAGCAAGCAAGUAUUUAACUCAAGUGAGACAAACGAAACAGUAAUAGAGGACGGGAGCAAUGGGAAAAUACAGAACAGGAACACAGAUAACACGGCGAAUAGGCAUCGAAUUUUACAUACAUUUUGUAUAUUCAUCAGUAUCUUUGCAAUGGGGUGGAGAAACGCUUUGAUUGGUCCAACUUUACCUGAUAUUAGAAUCAUAAUAGACGAGAAUCUUGCCACGGCAUCUUGGAUAUUUACAGCUAAAUCACUAGGUGGGUUACUUGGAGCUAUCUGCGGCGGUUUUGCUUAUGAUCGUUUCAAUAAGAUAGGUGUGUUUGUCGUUAUUGUUAUAAUAAUGGGAAUUUCUUCUGCCCUCACACCUUUUGCUACCACCUGGCAGCAAUGUUGGUCGUUCAUGGUUUUCAUGGAGUUUGCGCAGCUUCUUUUGAAACAGCGGCGAUUGCUGACAUUGCUCUUGUGUGGAAACAGAAAGCUGGACCUUAUUUGCAAGCUAUGCAAUUUGCUUUUAGUGUUGGAGCGAUUAUAUCCCCUUUGGUUGCAGAACCUUUUCUAGCCAAAACAAUUACAUUUCCAGCCAAUUUUGAACCGAUUGUUUCAAAUAUUUCAACGCUUGUGCCGCAGUAUUUGAAACACACAGUGAAAUUUACUGACAAGUUAGCAGUACAAGAAGAAAUAACUGGCAACAUUUCUGUAACUGAUAUCGGAGAAUCUCUGAUUUAUAUUCCAUACAGUGUGACGGCACUCCUUUGUUUGUUGUCGGCGAGUUUUUUUGUUGCGACUUUUUCUUUUUACGGCAGUGUUUAUGAAAAUCUCAAUGAUGUGUCGGCAUGUGAAAUUACUUCUCAUCGAAAUCGGUACUUCAUAAGUAAGAGGAUGAAAUAUACAUUUACCAUGUUGUUAGCGUCGGCUUUGUUGCUCUAUGUCGUUAGUCAAAAUAGUUUCACAGGAUUUCUCAUGUCAUUUUUAGUAUCGGAGCGAAAAUGGAGUAAGGCAAUGGGAUCUGUUGCGUCUUCCGUCUUUUGGAUUACUUUUGGGAUUGGAAGAUUAUCUGGUAUUGUUAUUAUAAAAUUUAUCAGUAUGUCUUCCAUGAUUCUCAUAUUUAGUUCCACAUGUCUUUCUGGUGCGGUGAUAUUUCUGCUCGCUGUGAUUUUUGAUCAAGUCAUAUUGGAGUGGAUGUCCAUUGGAGUCAUUGGUUUUGGAAUGUCUGUUCUAUUUGGUUUACCAUUUUUGUGGUUGUCUAAAAAUGUCUGCACACUGACAGGUAAAAUGGCAAGUAUUUUCUUUAUUUUUCAUUGUGUUGGGACUAUGGGUGUACCUAUUUUAGUUAGAUAUCUGAUUGACAAAGUUUCACAAAUGUGGUUCAUUUAUUCAAAUAUAUUUUUGAGUUUUUCUAUGUUUGCAACCUUCGUUAUUGCUAUUGUGUCUUUCAAUUUUAUGAAGAGAGUUCAUAAUAGAUCAGAAAAAGCCAAUAUCAUGUUAAAAGUUGAAGGUGGGAAUUAAAAUGUUAAGAAAUGUCAAAGUUUAAUCCGUUUUCGUAGUAAAUUAAAUUAAAGGGCAGAAUUUAAAUGUUAUUUAAAGUACAUGUACAUUCAUAAUUGUGUGUUUGAAGUACAAAAGUCUGUUUGAGUGUAUCAUUUUGUACAGUAUGUAUAAACAUAAUUUUUGUUCAUGUUAAUUCAUUUUCAUGAAUUAAUCAAACUAAUAAGUAGCUUUAAACAAGAAAGUUCCCAUAGUUUGGUCUUUAUAAAAGCACGGUACAUACACAGUUGCAAUUCUUGUCUGAAACCAAAAAAAGUAAUGCUUUUAUUUUGUACCCAAAAUAAGCUUGCUCUAGUUACGUCCAAUCACUUGAUAAUAAACAGCGCCAUUUUCAAAAGACAUUACAUGCCAGAUCACAGAUUUGCUUCUAUUCUGCGAAUUAUAGGGGACAUUGGUUGCAUAACAACAA